CGAAUCGAACCGCCACCUCUAGCGGGGACCGGUACGGGUGCCCUAACAGGUGAAGCAGCUUACCUGGGCUCAGUCUUGCCGCGAUCUCGCGCAUAUACGUCUACUUUUGUGAAAGUACCAGUCAGCAGCGCGCACCACUUGCCUGUAGGUACCACCACCUCCUCUAUACUCUUGUGUCAGUGCCUUUUCAAGGGACAGUGUUAUAGACUUUUUGUUCGAUGUAAUGGAUGCAGACAGCAGCUACGGAGGUAGCGACACAGCCCAAGACUGCAACUCCACCCAAGAAAACAACUCUUCCCUGGACACCACGAUCCCACACCACGAGGUGGAAGUAACCAUGGCAACCCUCAAUGAAAGCGAACCUCAAUUCUACCACAAAAACGAGGUGACCCUGCCUGUAAACUACGACGAAACGGACGACGUACCGGCGGAGUUUGCGAAAUCGAAGGAGCCUCAUUACCUCUCCACGGCCAACUUGAACAUCAACGAGACGCUGGAACACCACAGCAAUCUGGAGGAGAUGAGCAGGAAUUACAAGAGUACCAACUAUUUAAAUGCCGAAAGCCCCAAAAUCAAGGAUUCUAGUGGGGGCGUUGACAACAUGGCCUACCAGGACGAGGAGAUGGGCAAUGGAAGUGUCAAAAGUACCUUCGACAGCAAGAAGCCUUACAAUGGAGACUACAAGAAGAAUUAUCCAGAAAUAAACAUGGGUACUCCCGCCAAAGCCAAGCAAGAGGAACCGCCGGCAGAGGCGGUAAACUUGGAACUGAUAAACUUGAAACCCAACCAGGAUGUGACGGGACCAUAUGCAAUGGGCAACGGUUCGAACGGGAUGAAUGGUAUGACCGAAAUUCCGAUGAAAAAAGAGAGGGACGAAACUGAAAGUCACCCGUACAACGACUACUUCGUUCCUGUAAACGAACACAAGAAAUAUAUGAGAAGGAGCCGUAACAGUGUGACCUUCGCCGAAGAAGGCUCCAAAGAAAGCUCUGGCAUUGAAAUCGAAACGCACCCGAAAAAAUUAUCGACCCACUCCAUGAAACGUUCCUCCUUGCCUGAGAGGUCGCAACUGCCGGCCCCCCCAGCCCCCCCGGCGGCGAAUACCGGCCCCCCGGUAGUCAUACUGGAUUUCCCGGCCGAAUGGCUGGCCCAAAGAAACGCACGAGGCGAGAAGCUGUAUCUGACGAUGGACAAAAGAAACAAAAAAUCUAAGGGAAAAUGCAUAUGCUGGGGACUUUGCAUAUGUGUGGUGGCAGCCCUGAUCAUCGUGGCUAUAUGUGCUGCUGUUGGUGUCUUCAGUAACCAAGCCGCUCAACCAAUAACAGCUAGAAACUUCCACACCGCUUCAGUGUUAGGAGUUGGUUCCAAUCCAGGUAAUUCGAGUGAAGUUAGGAAAAAUACUCCAUCACCCCCGCUAAGCACCAUACCAAAUAUACCCCCCUCUACUGAAACUACUGCUAUAUCGAUACCUCGAACUUUAGAAUCACAGAUGAGAAUAGACAACUUUGAAUUCAUGCCAGAUUUAUCCAACAAAAGUUCGAAAGAAUUCCAAACGAUGGCAAGCAAACUUGAAAACGAAAUCAUGAAAAUUUUAAUAUCUGAUGAAUCACUCAAAAACGCAAAUGCUACUUUUAAAGUUAAGGUGGUUGACUUUACCAUUGGAAGUAUCGUAGUUAAAUACCGUAUCUCAUGGGACUUCAAAGAUGAUGCAAGCAACUCCCAAACAGACCCGAUCGAUCCAGAAAUGCUCAAAAAGAAAGUUUCUGAAAUGUUAACUGCCAACAACGAGUAUAUCCAAGACUUCCACGUACCAAAAACCGAAGUAACAUCAAACAAAGUACUGGAUCUCUGCAAAAUCGACAACAACGACUGCGAACACGACUGUCUUUUCGACUAUGAAUCGCUAGACUUCACUUGCACAUGUCCUCCAGGCCAAUCUCUUAAAACUGACGGCAAAACUUGCGAAAUACACGUACAUCAAGAAUGGGAAGAUCAUGCUGAACAUGUCUACGAACCAAAUUCUGAACCGGUCCCCAAAACAGAACCUGAACCGACUGCAGAACCAACUUCAAAACCUGAACCAUCAGCUGAACCUGAACCAACGUCUGAGCCCGAACCUAAAUCCGAACCAGAACCUUCGGCAGAGCCAACUUCAGAACCGGAACCUAAAUCUGAACCUGAACCAACAUCAGAACCAACAUCCAAACCAGAACCUUCUGCAGAACCAGAACCAACAGCUGAACCAGAACCAAAAUCUGAACCUGAACCAAGUGCAGAACCAACAGCUGAACCUGAACCAAAAUCCGAACCAGAACCCACCGCAGAACCAGAAUCCAAAGUAGAACAUUUAACCACAACAACCAUUAGAACACAUGAAGAAUACUUUCUUGUAAGUUCAACACCGGAACCCUUGUCGGAACCUGAACCAACCUCGGAACCAGAACCAAAAUCAGAACCUGAACCAACCGCCGAGCCCACCGCAGAGCCAGAACCAAAAUCAGAGCCUGAACCAACCGUCGAGCCUUUGGCAGAGCCGGAACCCACUUCUGAGCCAGAACCAAAAUCAGAACCCGAACCAACUGCAGAGCCUUCACCUGAACCAGAACCAAAAUCAGAACCUGAAACGACUGCAGAGCCAUCAGCAGAACCUGAACCGACUUCUGAACCCGAACUCAAAUUAGAAUCAAAGUCAACAGUGGAACAAACUUCGAAACCGGAACCAAGUGCCGAACCUGAACCAACUUCAGAACCAAAUGCUGAACCAACAUCCAAACCAGAACCUUCUGCAGAACCAGAAACAACUUCAGAGCCCAAUGCAGAACCCACAUCUAAACCUGAACCUUCAGCUGAACCUGAAGCAACUUCCGAACCGGAACCUACUUCAGAACCAACAUCUAAACCUGAACCUGAACCAAAAUCUGUACCCGAAACAACCGUAGAACCGAAAUCAGAACCUGAACCAACUGCAGAACCAGAACCAAGCAGUGAAAAAUCCGAAUCUGAAAAGGCCGACAUUCAAGUAGAUUUGGCUAAAACCGAAGAACCAAUGAACAAGGAAACAACUGUAGAACCAACAGAAACCACUACUUCAGAAGACGAUAGCUUGCAUAUUUACAUUCCUAAAGCAGAAAUACGUCAUUCACCAACUACCACAGAAGAACCUAGUACUACAUUGGCAAUGGAACCUGCUAAAGAGACAAUGAUUGAAGAGAUACCUAAAAUUAAAGAAGAAAGUAGGUCUGAGCAAAGUACCACUACAGAAAAGGCAGUAGAAGAUGCGAGAAACCAAGGGUUCUUUAUUCCUGUAAUUGUUGGUACAGAGCAUAACCAAACAACAACGAUUGAUGUUACUACAACACCAGAAACUUCUACUAUUCCUUUGGUUGUCAAUGAUAUUCCAGUAGUAGUUAAGAGCAAUAUUCAAGCGAUUAAAAGCAAUAAUACAAGUCAGGAGUCAAAUCUUCUUCUCGAGCAAACUGAACACCCCAACAUUGUUGAUAUGAACCCGUUCUUGCCUUAUAUUGAUAACGAUACAUCGUUCAUUAAUACGUUAGGUUCUGACGAUCAUUUUAUUGGCCACCACAUUAUUCAAAACGAAACUGAAUCCUCUGAAAAUGAAAAUGAUAAUAAACCUCCAAGACUAGAUAAUGAUCAAAUAAAUAUCACAAAUCCACAGGACCCCAACCCUACAGAUACCGCUGUAUUGAAAGUGGAACCACUAGAUAAUGAAGCAAAAGAAGAUACAAGUCCAAGCUCAGAGAUUACUACAAUGGCAUCAACAACUAUUGCCACAGAAGUAAAAAUGACCACAAUGCCAACCAUGGAAGCCAAAGAAGAAGAAGUCACUUUGAACCCAGAGUUUAUCAACAGCAUUCACAGCAAUAAAGUAUUUGAACAGUCCAUCCUACAAACAGAACAACCCAGCUCUACCACAACAACGGAAAAAGAAGUAAUCAACAUGAGUGAAGUGAGCUCAAGCACCGAAGACUUGAUCGCAUUGGAAACGACUACAAACGGGCUUAAAAUGAACAUGGAUAAUAUGACGAGUCCACUCGAAGGCACCACAAUUCAUGCAGAGAUAAUAAAAACAGUAAAUGAAGUCGUUAAUGUUGUCAAUGAUAGUGAAAGUACCACAAGUGAAAACAAUCUUUCUUCCACCACUGAGGCAGCUAAAAACGAAUACAAAGUCAACGAAUCCACAGAUGAUAUCACAACAACUGAGAAACUGUUUGUCUUAUCUAAAGCCACGACGAAAUCGAACGAUAUCGACUUGUCGACGAACCAAGACUUAUCUGUGGAACCUUUAACAAAAGAUAACAGUUUGCAUGAUGAGGAUACCUUCAACCAAUUGGACUCCGAUGACUCCAAUAACUUCAACGAGCUGGAUAAAGCUAUUACAACCGAAGAACCCGUCACUAUAGCUUCGGAUGAAACCGAGAAGUACCAAAAACCGGGCAAGAAGAGCUACUUGGAUGAUAAAUCCAAAUUCAAAGCCAAACUGGACAAAGAAAUGAUGAUAACAACGGAAGAAUACGAAGCCUCCACUAAUAUAGCUGAUGUUAAACCGGUAACCGAAGACUUUACUUUGCAUAGUUUCUCUAGAUGUACUUCUGAACAAUUCCAAUGUCAAAAUGGCACCGCUACCAAAAAUGGUAGCUACUGUAUCUCCAUAAAGGAUAGAUGCGAUUCGGUUGAUGACUGUACCGAUGGUUCGGAUGAGGUUAACUGCCAAGAAGAGGGAUGCCCUAAUAACUUCAAAUGUGCCAGCGGUCAAUGCUUGAAGAGACACCUAGUGUGCGAUGGCGUCAUCAACUGUAACGAUGGCACAGACGAGGAACAAUGUGCAUUGUGGACUUGUUCUUCGGAUGAAAUCUCUUGCGGUGAGGGUAAACGUUGUAUUCCAUCAUUGUGGAAGUGCGAUGGUAAAGCCCAGUGUCCAAAUGGUUCAGAUGAAAUCAACUGUCAAGGAAGCACUUGCCAGGAUGAUCAUUUCUACUGCAAGGAAUCCGAUAAAUGCAUUCCAAGAACUUGGUUGUGCGAUGGAGAAUCUGACUGUGCUGAUAGAGAGGAUGAGCAGUCUUGUGAAUGUGCCCCAGAAGAGUUUAAAUGUGCGACUGUUAGUGGUUGCACCACCAUGGAACAACGUUGUAACGGUAUCUACGAAUGUUUAGAUAGAUCGGACGAAUGGGACUGUCUAAGAUUGAACAAUAAGGAGAAGAAUGUUUUGGAAGUGCAAGCUAAGAAUAAUACGUGGUACCCAGUUUGUUUCGACAAUCUAAAUGAAACCUAUGCCAACUUGGCAUGUGAAGCUCUUGGUUUCGCUGGAUCUGCAUCAGUCGCAUCCAUGAUGAAACCAGAAGGUUUAAAUGUUGAGGGAUACUACAAACUCAAAGCGCAAUUGACUUAUGGUGCGCCAAUAUUAACUCUGCUCGAGAAAACUGAGUCGUGCACGAAUAUAGUAUCAUUGAAUUGCCAGGAAUUUUCAUGCGGCAGCGAAUCGAGCGUGGAAUCACAAUCGCCCAGGAUCAUUGGAGGUAGCAAAGCCACCGACACCCAAUGGCCGAGCCUUGCUUUACUGUACAACAAAAAAGAAAACGUUCAAUGUACCGCAACGGUUAUAUCGCCCUUAUGGGUGGCUGCCAGUUACUCCUGCGUUACCUCUAAAGAUGCACGUGAUUGGAUGCUAUACGCUGGCAGUACCAGUUUCUUUGGAGGCGAUAACUCUACGACACAAUCUAAAAGAGUCAAGGAGAUAGUCGUACACCCACAGACUAAAUUUGUCCAAUUCCAAUACAACAACGAUGUAGUUUUGGUAAGGUUAGACAGUGCCUUAACGCUUACAAGAAACGUAAGUGCUAUCUGUCUACCAGAUAAAGAUAUAGAACCAAGGCAGCUGUGUGUUAUUGCUGGGUGGGGAGUUAGCCAACCAGGAGAAUCCAACAAACAACAAUACCUACACUACCUACCGAUACCUUUGGUGGAUACAGAAGAAUGUAACUCCACAAAACAUUACAAUGGUAUGAUCAACAAGGACAAGAUCUGUGCUGGUUUUACAGACCCCGAGAAAACGCCAUGUUAUAACGAUGAGGGUGCUCCUCUGAUGUGCUUUGAGGACUCGACGCACACCUGGGAACUACAGGGCGUGCUCUCGCACAACGAGAACUGCGGAAAAUCCAAGCACCCCGCCAUCUACACAGCAAUAAACGAAAAACUCAGACAGUGGGUGCUCAGCACUGUGGGUAGACCGUCUCUCAUGAGAUCUGUCUGAUUUGUUCUCGAAUAAUUUUACGCAGGUAACUGUUAAAUUCGCUGUGAUCAAACCCCUAAUGUUUUUGUAGCAGGCCGUGUUAAAAAUGUCACCGAUAAUAAAGGCCUGGUUAUGUAAAUGAUGAAUAAUAUUUUUAUAGACUGUACAGUUUGUGUAGAUGAAUCCUAAUUAUUUUUGUGGCAUAUUUUUUCGAUUCGGUCAUAUUUUGUAAUUAGCUCAAUCUGUAUUGUUAUUUGUUAUUUUUUACCUUUUCAUUGUUUUUUUUUGUUUUGUGUACCAACUUUCACUGUUAUUUUAGAGUCUGAAAAAAUUGAGAGUGAAAGCAGUCACAUACGUCAAAAUCUACUUAUUUAAUAAUUUAUGUAUUUUUUAGUAUCAACCAGCAAGUUAUUGUAAAUAAUGUGUAUAUUUAAGUACUAUCUACAGUAAGAUUAAUUUUGGUCGAUUUUAUUUUUUAACAUAUUAAAACCCGUCCGUAGAGAAUUUUUUUGUAUCGCUAGUCAAGCUAUUCGUGCCAAUGUGCAGGUGAGACGGCAAAGACCAUGUAUAUACUCUUUUAAAUAUUAUGUACUUAUGUAGGUAUUACGCUAGUUUGUAAUGAAAAGUAUAUUAUGAAUAA